GGACGCAGUUUCUCGGUCCGGCAGAGGCAGAUCCGGAGAUCCCUGUACCGACAGCGUUCGACGGCGUCCCCACAGGCGUUUCUGGCUGGCGGGACUCAUCAUAUUUGCAUAUCGAGCAGACCAGCCUGGACAAUGCCCCGCUGAGAGAGAGCUGAUUGCAAACUGAGCUCAAGCAAGAUUUCAACAUGUCAAGCGCUCAGAGGGACAAUGGCUCUGCAAACUCAGCAGAAGCCAAGAAAGCAGACCUGAGAGUAAAUGAGAAGAAAUGCUCAUGGGCGUCCUACAUGACAAAUUCCCCAACAAUGAUCGUAAUGAUCGGCCUGCCUGCGAGAGGGAAGACCUACAUGUCAAAGAAGCUAACACGUUACCUCAACUGGAUAGGAGUACCAACCAAAGUGUUUAACCUGGGAGUGUACCGCAGAGAAGCCGUCAGAGCUUACAAGUCCUACGAGUUUUUCCGCCACGACAAUGAGGAAGCCAUGAAAAUAAGAAAGCAGUGUGCUCUGGUAGCGCUGCAGGAUGUGAAGGCGUACCUGACGGAGGAGGGAGGUCAGAUCGCGGUUUUUGAUGCAACAAACACAACAAGAGAGCGGCGGGACCUCAUUCAAGCCUUUGUGAAAGAGAAUGGAUUUAAGGUGUUCUUUGUGGAGUCAGUGUGUGACGACCCAGAGGUCAUUGCUGCUAAUAUUCUGGAAGUGAAAGUUUCCAGUCCAGACUACCCUGAGAGACACAGAGAGAGAGUGAUGGACGACUUCCUUAAACGAAUCGAGUGCUACAAGGUUACUUACCAACCGUUAGAUCCUGAUAACUACGACAAGGACCUGUCUUUUAUCAAGGUGAUAAAUGUGGGCCGACGUUUUCUGGUGAACCGGGUGCAGGACUACAUCCAGAGUAAGAUUGUCUACUACCUCAUCAACAUCCACGUGCACUCUCACUCCAUCUACCUGUGUCGGCACGGGGAGAGCAACCACAACGUUGAAGGCCGCAUCGGAGGAGACUCAGAACUUUCUCCUCGAGGGAAACAGUUCGCCCACGCCCUGCGAGAUUUCAUUGAAGAGCACAAACUGUCAGAUCUGAAGGUGUGGACGAGCCAGCUGAGAAGGACCAUCCAGACGGCGGAGGAGCUGGGGGUGCCUUAUGAACAGUGGAAGAUACUCAACGAGAUCGAUGCUGGUGUGUGUGAGGAGAUGACUUAUGAGAUGAUCCAGAAGACAUUCCCAGAGGAGUUUGCUUUGAGGGACCAGGACAAGUACCACUAUCGCUACCUAGGAGGAGAGUCCUACCAGGAUCUUGUUCAGCGAUUGGAGCCAGUUAUCAUGGAGUUAGAGAGACAGGGCAACGUGUUGGUCAUCUGCCACCAGGCCGUGAUGCGCUGUUUGCUAGCUUACUUCCUGGACAAGAGUGCAGAAGAUCUACCAUACAUGAAAUGUCCGCUCCACACAGUGCUCAAACUUACCCCUGUUGCAUAUGGUUGCAAAGUGGAAAUGUUUUAUCUUAACGUGGAGGCGGUAAACACACAUCGAGACCGGCCUCUUGGUAAAAUCCCGAGGGACUCUGCUCUCAUACAUCGGCGGAAUAGUUACACUCCCUUGUCCAGUCACGACCAGGUCAAGCGUCCCAGGCUCUACAGUGCGGGCAACCAGCCUUGGCUACCGCUCGCCCCCACCCCAUCAGCUCUGAUGCCAGAGGGACAGCAAAGCCAAUGCUUCAGCCCAUCUCCACAUUUCUAUCUAUCUCUCUCUUUCUCCACUUUCUCCAACCGUGUCUUACAGCCCCGGAUAGGAAGCAGUUGUCUGAGUCCCUGUGCGAAGGAAUCGACUUUGACAGCCCCGAAGAAACUGGUGGCUGUGUCCGCUUCUGAGUGAAGACAAAAGCCUCUUUCUUCAUGUCACAAUGUCGGCAGAAGUUUUGGGUUCAAUCGUCAAUCAAAUGAAAGAAGGAAAUGUUUGCAAUUUUUUUUUUUUUUUAAACCACAUUUUUGGAAAUCAUGGUGAGGGUAAGUGAAAGACGAAGUCAAAGAACACUUUGUUUUGAAAAUGAGGCCACCUGGACACGAGUUCAUUUUUGUUCUGAUUUAUCUCAACCUCCUGUUUGUCUCUACUCUGCAUGUAAAGGCUUUGAACUGGAAGCCUUAUCAUUAGUGUCAUAAAUUCUUCUGCAUGUGCACUAAAAGAAAUCAAUCAGCUAUCUGAACACACAAAACUGGCAACUUAAAAUCAUUGUUCAAAUAAUACAAUGCCUUACUGAACAUCAAACAUGCUGAUAGAAUUAGCUCCUCUGUAUGCCUCUGAAUGUAAAAAGAACAAGUUAUGCAUUAUUAUGAUGAAAAUCAAUUUUCAGUGUUGCAACCAGAAUAUGUUAUAAAGUAGAUGCUGUAAAAAUAUUUUUCUAAUACAAUCCACUCAUCUACCAUUUACAGAUAAUCUGUAGUUGUGAUUCUUAUCAGAUAUAUUCCUAAACCAUCAUCUGUUAUGUCGUAUGUUAUGUAUUUGAGAGAGUGUACUCAUCGGGUUCUGAAGGAGAUUAAAAUACAGUACUGAGUUUCAUCCCUCUGUAAUGGAAACAUUUUUAUGUGUUGUUAGAAAAUCCACCACAUUUCUGGACAUACUGUACACCAGCAGUAGUUAAGCAAAUGUACCUUUCUGUCACAAGUUGCCAUUCACAAAGCAAUGCAUUUAGCUGGUAUUAUCUUUAACAGUGAACACUAGAUUGUAAAUGUUCAUCUGUUAAUCCACAUGUCGCUGUAUUCUAGCAACGGAUUUUGUGCAACAAAAACAUGUUGAAAGUACAUUAGCUAUUUCUUGAUACUUGUGUUCUUGGCCAAGAAUCUCUCUUUGC